CCAAGACGCGGUGCUGUACUCGGGCGGGCUCACGUGCAAAACCCCGUCAUGGAGAUUAUGGAGCUCGUUCAGAUUAUUCUGUCCCUUCUUGACAAUCGGCGCGACUUGGUCCACAUGGCUUGUGUAGCUUCACAGUACACCGACAUGGCACUGGUAAUCCUUUGGAGGGCCCCCGACUUUGCUGGUGAUCCCUUGAAAGCCAUGACUCGUCUGUUCCCGGAACCCAUUCAUGCAAGCCUAAUGGAAGCCAAGAACGACUCGCUCAUCGUGACUCCCGAGUCCUUCAAACGAUUCGAUUACUACGCCAAAUUUGUCCGGCAUCUCAAUUAUUGGCAGGUUUCGAAUGACGGCUUCAUUGCCCGUCGACUCACCGCAAGUCGGCCUGGCCAGUGGCUAUUCCCUCACCUGACAUCGCUACAUGUCGGAUCGGAUCGUGACAGCCUACAGACUGUGGAGGCAUACCUUAGCCCAACGUUGCGUCGAAUCUGCAUAAACCAUUGGGAUUCAACAGACAAUCUGGGAAUCGCAUUCACACCAAGUAUUGUCAAGAUAUUGAUCCGGGUCUUCAGCCUUCCAAACCUGGAAAUUCUGGACUUCCUGGACACGUCCUAUGCGAACUACGAAAGAGAGGAAACCAUCCUGGACGCGCUCCUGCCCUUGAUUCCGCAAUUGACGGAAUUCUAUUCCAGCCACUUCACGUUCGUCAGGUCAGUGUACGACGUGCUAUCCACCAGCACCAAACUCAAGGGGCUCUUCCUCGACGUCACCCAGGAGCGCAAUAGCAACAGACACUAUGAGAUGGAUGACAUGAUCCAAAUGUUGCAAGACAGGUUUGCUUCUCUUGAAAAGGUUGUGAUACGGGGUGAGACCAGAGCCACUGUGACUAUUUUAGAGCGGUGCGAUCGACAGUUCGUGCACAUCGACCUCCGCCCGGAAGGCGCCGUGGAUGUCAAUGGUCUGUGGAACCUCACACGAUCAACAACAUCGUCGAUAUCGAGCCUCAAAGUGUUGAAAUGCAGUGCGGCAGAAGCAAACCCAUCUCAUGAUUCGCAGACGAUGGUGACAGCGUUGCAGCCUCUCGUCAAUAUGUCGUCGUUGCGCGACGUGCAACUUGAAGUCAGCUUUUCCGAAUGGCAGAUGCUUUCGGACAUAGAAGUCGAGACCUUGUUUCGCGGGUGGCCCCUAGUUCAGUCAUUUCUCCUAAACAGCGAACCGGGACGCGAUGGGAUCCCACCGGCAGGCCCACAAACACGACGCGGCCUCACCCUGCGAGCCAUUCUCUCCAUCCACCACCACUGCCGAUACUUGUCCGAACUCAGCAUCCCGUUCAUCGAUUUGACGCACAUACCCGAUCUUUCCCAAUAUCAUUUUUUCCGAGCGUACCAGCAUAUUCGUGUCCAAAUCGCACGGUCCCAUGCGCACGACAGUCCUGCCGUGAAAGGGUUUAUAAAGCAGAUUUGGCCAAACGCCGAGGUGCGAUUCGUUGGGUGUUGUCUAUCGGAAGCCUCUCACGUGGAAUAGAAUGUGAGGCGCUUGAUAUGAUUGUAUGUACAUCCAUGGUCUAUGGUUCUGUGCGCAAGUGGAGAUUCCUAAUAUAUAGAGGUCGCAGUGCAACCCCACAAUGCCAGGAAAUAAGCGCUCGCUAUGGCUACGAUCUUCAUUUCUGCAAAUGACGUAGACCG